AAGUAUUUUCCAGAUUCUCUAUCAUUCACCUUCAACUCUUGGUAUCAGAAGUAUUUAAAGCCCUUAGCAGCCAGGCUAUACUGCACUGCACCUCAUCUCACCCCACCACUUUAUCACUCUUCACCAUUCUCCAAGCCGCCAAACCCACACCAAUGAUCCCUUCACUCUCUCUCCAUAUUAUUCCUCUUCUCGUUCUUCACAUCCUCGUCCUAGCACCGCCGUCGCCGGCGGAAGCCCGCAAUGGACAGUGGCAGCUCCUCCAAGAAAACGUUGGCAUUGUCGGCAUGCACAUGCAGCUCCUCCACAACGACCGAGUCAUCAUACUAGACCGUACUGACUUUGGAUUCUCCAACAUAACCCUCCCCGACGGUAGAUGCCGCAAAAACCCAAAUGAGAUGGUCGUCAAAACCGACUGCACCGCACAUUCCAUCGAAUACGACGUCGCAGCCAACAAAUUCCGCGCCCUCUUCGUCCAAACCAACGUCUGGUGCUCCUCCGGUUCGGUUUCCCCCGACGGAACACUAGUCCAAACCGGUGGCUUCAACGACGGAGAUCGUGCAGUCAGAACCUUCACCCCGUGCCACACGUGCGACUGGCUUGAAGUUAACAAUGGACUAUCAGCUCGAAGAUGGUACGCCACCAACCACAUCUUGCCAGAUGGACGACAAAUAAUAAUCGGCGGUAGAAGACAAUUCAACUACGAGUUUUACCCCAAGACACAAACCACGGCUAAGAACGCUUACAGUUUACCUUUUCUCGUUCAAACAAACGACGCCUCGGCGGAAAAUAAUCUCUACCCCUUUGUUUUCUUAAACGUCGAUGGCAAUCUUUUCAUCUUCUCAAACAACCGCGCUAUCUUAUUCGAUUACAAUAAGAACCGUGUCGUCAGAACCUACCCUCAAAUACCCGGUGGAGACCCACGGUGCUAUCCCAGUACCGGUUCCGCCGUUUUGCUUCCGUUGAAGAAUCUUCGAGUAUCCAAUCUGGAAGCCGAGGUUUUUAUCUGCGGUGGAGCCCCGAGAGGGGCUUAUCCGGAUACUCUAUCGGGUCGGUUUACCGGGGCGUUGAAAACGUGUGCUAGGAUUAAAAUAACCGACCCGAACCCGAGUUGGGUGAUGGAAACCAUGCCAGGUGCGAGAGUCAUGAGUGACAUGGUUUUACUCCCAAGCGGCGACGUUUUAAUCAUUAAUGGAGCUUCAGUAGGGACGGCGGGCUGGGAAUUGGGUCGGGACCCGGUAUUGAGUCCAUUUCUAUAUAAACCGAAUAAUCCGAUCGGGUCGAGAUUUGAGGUCCAAAACCCGUCAGAUAUUCCACGAAUGUACCAUGCCAGUGCCAUUGUGCUUCGUGAUGGUCGCGUUCUUGUGUCUGGGAGCAAUCCUCACACGUGUUACAAUUUCACCAACGUAAUGUUCCCAACGGAAUUACGGUUGGAAGCGUUCUCUCCUUCUUAUCUUGAGCCCGGAUUCUCUGUCCUGCGUCCCACAAUAGUGUCCCCUUCGUCCCAAACAAUGGUGAAGUACGGUGAGACAUUGAAGGUUGGAUUUGAGGUGACCGCGAGUUUGUCUAAGGAUUCGGUGUCGGUUACGAUGUUGGCGCCGCCUUUUGCAACGCACUCCUUCUCCAUGAAUCAGAGGUUGUUGGUUUUGGAGGCGCAAGAUUUGAGCAAGGUUGGGAACUCGACUUACGAGGUGGAAGUUACGGCCCCGGGUUCCGGUGUUCUUGCACCGCCGGGUUUCUAUCUGCUAUUUGUGGUACAUCAAGAAAUUCCAAGCCACGGUAUAUGGGUUCGGAUGGUGUGAAUUUUACUCACUGGCUGCUGAGACCAAGAACAUAUUUCCUUCAUAUUCUUAUUAUUUGUGUUCUCUUCUUUAAUUGAAGUUAUUUGUUUUUGUGAAUGGCAGUUUCAGAACAGAUUUGUUGGUGAGCAUUUAUUAACUGUAAGAUAUGGGGAGAUAAGAGAGUCAAAUAAAAUUAUUUACAUUCUUCUUGGAUU